AUUUAAAAAAAUACAACAGAAAAAUACAACUGAUUUGAUUUCAUUGCAUUGUAGGUGUGCCUAAUAUUGUGACCAUCUGACUAAAACAACAAAACAUUCCUUUUAUAUCUGUGUUGUCAUGCAAUGGAAUUUCAACUAUAUACCUUCUCAGGGGGCCUCGGGGUGGAUAUCGACAGACAUAAAUCCCAACUUGUUGUAUAAUAAGACCUCAUAUAUGUCUAUUUUUUUGAAGCAUUCCCGUGUCCCUGCCAUGUAACAAGUCUGAAAUAUGUCUGUAUGCAAAACGGAGCAACGAGGGGGAGGCUGGGGAUUUUGCUGCUGUCUGAUGGAUGAAUCCAACAAAGAUCUCAAAUAGACAACAUGAGGUAGGAAUUAAAUAAAUGUGAGUUGGACCACAAUGGAAUGUCCCAUAAAAAGGGAGGGCUAAUUGAAGAACAUGUGGGGGGGACUGAUUGAAACAAGAACUGCAACUCAUAGACUCGAUUCUUGGGACAUCUGGAACCCAGCGGGCGGCCAAGAGGAGUGAUCAGCGAGAAGAUGGCGAAGGCUACAGGGAGGGCAAUAAAUCGAGCGAGUGACUCCACUCGUGGGACGACUCCUGCCACAAAACAACAUCGGGGAAUUGUGUGUAAUAAGAGAUUAUUCCCCCCCCCCGUAGUGCUCGCUCAUCAUCAUCAUCAUCAUCAUCAUCAUCCCCCUGACUCGCAAGCCCAGAAAUAUUGCGCAGGUGCACUUGGACCACACACGCGCCCGACAAGCAGAUGGUUUUGCAAGUAAGGUCACGCCGCCAACAUGCUGCUGGCGCCAAUUUUGGAUGUCACAAGCUCCAAUGAUGUUGCCUUUUAUCCACAGGUCCAUUUUGCCCAAGGAGGCCAAUCUGUGUGUGGACAUGCAUUAAAAGCAUCUCUCCUAAGGCUAUAAGCAGCCAUCUUCAUCCACAAGCCAGGCUGGAGAUGUUAGGCUGGUGGUCCCAGCAGGAGUUCGACUCAGACGCCGCAUCAGCAUAAGGGAAUUUAAGUCAUUAUGAUUGGAAGGGCAACAGAGGACACUCUCCAAAUGAAGCUAUGAGCUGCCUGGAUGUGAUGUACCACCAAAGCUAUGGAGCACACCUCCUCCCUGCAGAAGCCUACAAGUCGACAUAUUACAAUCAUCAUUGCCAACAGCAGCAGCAGCAACAGCAACAACAACAGAGGAAGCUGAGCUCUCAAACUAAGAUGCACAACUGUUCAGGCCAGCAGCAAGGCGGAGGACGAGGAAUACCAACCAGAGAUCCGUGUCUUCGCCCGGCUCCCGGAACCCAAUCUGGAUGUUUAUCAUUACACGACUUGGAGGUUAAAGACGGAAGUCAACCAGCAGGUGCGGAGUACUUAAACUCCCGCUGUAUAUUGUUCACCUACUUCCAAGGCGACAUCAGUGACGUGGUGGACGAACAUUUCUCUCGGGCACUCAGUCAGUCGGCCGGACUUAACAGGGAGCCCAAGCCGAGCCGGAUGAUUCAGACGUCUGCCUCAAACGGAUCAUGGAAAGAUGGUGAGUCACUUCAGAACAGUCCAACAUGGAGCAGCGCCUAUCCAUCCCCUUCUACCACCUGCCUUCCUUCUGUCUCGUUGUCAGACUUCUCCCCAAGUCCAAUUUCCCUCAACCCGGCUGACGGCGGUCUAUGGGCUGGUCACGUGCUCUCCCAGGCCGGCCUCCAACCGCUAGCUAGCCUCACAGACAGCUGGACCUACAGCCUUAACCCCCAAAGCACAAGUAGCUACCCAAACGUUCACGAUGUCUACCAUCCACACCACCGCACUCACAUCCAUACUCGCCAUCACCACCGGCCUAUGUUGCAUUCGUACCCGAGUCCCGGCACGGCGCUCGAGUCCAGGUUUAGUCCUCUUCUGCUGCCUGGUGUGAGAAACCAAAGUCAGUCUACAGCCAGCGCAGGGAGUUCCCCGCUCAGCGAGAGCGCAAAGACAGAAAUGGACCCCAGUAGCUGCAGCCCAAUCACGGCUACAUCUAUUCCCUGGACACCUUCAACUCUCCAUGGAUCCUUGGAGUUGUAUGAUUCAGCUCAUGAGCAGACCAAAGCAAAGUCAUCAGUCUGGUUCUAAGUGCUGACGUGCAUUUAAGAAGGACUAAGUGGCAUCAUCAAUUGGUGGUUGCAAAACCAAUACGACAAUGAACAAUAUGGAUGGACUCUUCUACUACUGUUCCUGCCUUAUCUACAUAACUUAUGACGGAGAUGAACUCAUUCAUUCUAUGUGUUUGAGCAGUUCUGUUUCAAGAGCAAUGGGUCAAUAUCAUUAUAUCGUACUUUUUCCCCCCUCAUCAGUCUUAAAAUACACGGCUAAACAUUUGCACAAAUACCAAAACAAUGAUAAAUCUCUUAAAAUCAUCAGUAAUUUUGAUUUUCUAUUUUAGUAUUGACCAUUUUGUCCCUGAAAUUGUUGUCCAUCCUGUCGUCUUUCUUCAGUUUAUAUUUACAUUGUCAGCUUGUCGUUCAUUUUUAGUUUAGGAGUUUGGCAAUUAAUCAUUUCAAAGUCACCUUAUAGUGAUAUUGACCCAUAUACCAAAUGUGUACAGUUUUGCCUUUCAAAGUGUGCUUUUUUUUUUUUUUUUUUUUUUUUUGCUGGAUGACAUCUGUGCCUGAAUGCUACCUUUAAAAUUUUUAAAUUUUGCCUCAAGGGAUUGUGUGUUGAAUAUUUUGAUACUGUAUGUUUGAAUGUAAAUAAUAAAUUAUGACGUUCUAUUUGCAAAUGAA